AACGCCAUAUUGUUGUCAUAUACAUUUACAUCACACCACAGUUCAGUGCAAGUACAUAGUAUAGGCGUUUUGUAUAAAAUUUUGUUCAUUUGCACUUAAAAUUAAAUUACAAAUUAUUCUAAAUUAUUUAUCUAUUCAUUAAGUGUAACAGACAAAUUAUAACAAUAUUAAAUCAUUUGAAACGCAGAAAUGUCUUUUGUUAAAUUAAUGAUCGAGGAGUUUCAAAAUUGAGGUUUUACUUGUCAUGCAGUUGAGGAACAAACACGAAGAAUCAAGCAAGGAUGUGGAACACUACACACCACACGCAGACGCAGAGCACCGUGCAGUCGGCGAGCAUUGGGCUGAAGGGGGGUGUAGCGGUGGGGGAUGGAGGGCGAACCACCCUGGGCAUGACGUCAGCGAUUAGUACGGCCGGGCCGAAACCGAUUGACAUCCAGCGCACCACCGAACUGCAGGAGGCACUCAAGCCUUACAAUGUCUCCGAGUCUGAGGAGGAGCUCAAUCAUAGAAUGGAGAUCCUGAGCAAGCUGAACUGCCUGGUGAAGGAGUGGAUCAAGGAGGUGAGCAUCUCGCGCAACAUGCCGGAGAACGUGGCCGAGCAGGUGGGAGGCAAGAUCUACACGUUCGGCUCCUACCGGCUGGGCGUCCACCACAAGGGCGCCGACAUUGACGCCCUCUGCGUCGCCCCCCGCCACAUCAACCGCGCCGACUACUUCACCACAUUCUUCGACAAACUCAAACAACAUCCGGAGGUCACCGAUCUCAGGGCGGUGGAAGAAGCUUUUGUACCUGUUAUCAAAAUGAACUUCGAUGGAAUUGAAAUUGAUAUGUUGUUUGCGAGAUUAGCUCUAAAAGAAAUACCAGACUCUAUGGAUUUGAAAGAUGAUAUGUUGUUGAAGAACUUGGAUCCGAAAUGUGUGCGAAGUUUGAACGGUUGCCGAGUGACUGAUGAGAUUCUCCGAUUAGUUCCUAAUAUUGAAAACUUUCGUUUGGCAUUAAGAACCAUCAAGCUGUGGGCGAAAAAGCACGGUAUCUACAGCAACGUGCUGGGCUACCUGGGUGGCGUGUCGUGGGCGAUGCUGGUGGCGCGCACCUGCCAGCUGUACCCAAACGCAGUGGCUGCCACCCUGGUGCACAAGUUCUUCCUGGUGUUCUACCAGUGGAAGUGGCCGCAGCCCGUGCUCCUCAAGCAGCCCGAGAACGUCAACCUUGGUUUCGCCGUGUGGGACCCGCGCGUCACCAUUUCGGACCGCUUCCAUCUGAUGCCGAUCAUCACGCCCGCCUAUCCGCAGCAGAACAGCACCUUCAAUGUGUCGGUGUCGACGCGCACCAUUAUGGUGGAGGCGUUCAAGCAGGGCCUCAGUGUCACCGAUGACAUAGUCACCGGACGGUGUCCCUGGGCCAAACUGUUUGAGGCGCCCAAUUUCUUCAUCAAGUACAGGCACUUUAUCGUGCUGCUAGCCAGCUCGAACACAGCCGAAGACCAGCUGGAGUGGUGCGGCCUCAUCGAGUCGAAGGUGCGCCACCUGAUUGGCACACUGGAGCGCAACCCCUACAUAGUGCUCGCUCACGUCAACCCCGAAUGCUUCAACGGCCCCCCGCCCCCGCCGCAGCCACUGCCAACCGACCCCGCUGCUCCCCCCGCCCCACAGCCACCCUGCUGCUCCAUGUGGUUCAUUGGCCUCAUCUUCCAGGAGUCCAAGAGUCUAAACAUCGACCUCACCUACGACAUACAGUCCUUCACCAAUUCAGUCCAUAGGCAAGCGAUACAGAUAAAAAUGCUCAAAGAUGGAAUGAAAAUCGAGGCAAGGCACGUUAGAAGGAAGCAAUUGAGUGCAUAUGUGCCAUCACACUUGUUCAGAAGAGAGAGAAAGGUCUCGACCAGUGGUAACACGACUCCGCCACAGCACCGCAACGGCACGACGUCACCAAGCGAGAACAAUGUCAGUAGAAAGAGACCCUCCGAUACUGCCAUCACUGUCGAGAACAAAAAGUCGAGAAAAUCUGAAACUCAGGAGGAUGACUCGCCAAAUAGUUCAGUGAUAUUGCACUGUGGUGAAGAUUCCAACAGCGGCUUUUCAUCAGAAGACUAUUCAAGGUCGCACGAUACAAACUUAAACAGUUGUCAGGAGAAUAGCAGUAGUAGUAUUAAGGUUGAUACGUGACAGAAAACCCUAUGCUAAUUAUUCGGCAAAACAAUUUUUACCCGGUUUAGUAUUUUCUAGGUAUACAGCAUGGAGUCAGGAGUGAGCAGACCGUUUGGAAAGUAACAAAAAAAUAUCAACAAAAGGAGGAAAAGAGGAGGAUAUAAAAAGAGGGUGAAGAGGACACGAUGAGUAAGAGACAUGUAGUCCGUAUGUAGGUGACGACGGUAAUUAUUGUCGCAAGUGUUUGCAAUGUCGGUUUCUUUUUUAUCUGUAGACAUUUUAUUCGUGGGGGUUUGUAUCUGCAAUGUCGUUAUUGGUAAGUAUUUAUUUAUUGUAAGAUGCACAUUUGCGUGUGUACGAAUAUGUUUUGUACGUAAGUGUAAAGUCAUGCGAAUGGCGCUAGGUCAGCAUUAUUUGACUGAAGACUAAUGGUUCACCAUUGCUUCGUCAAGGUCGACUUUUGUAUAUAGAUAUCUGUAUAUACAGGUGAACGUCGUUGGUAAGAAGAUAUAUUCAUUAUUGUGAAGAGUGAUCAUGUAAAAUCAUGGGAGUGGACCUCCCAUGUUUGGUUGAGAUCUCGGCCGGAUGGCGAAGUUUGCAUUUAUGAUGCUCCGUCGGCGAUAUAGCUGGCAAAUGAAGAGAUUUGAAGUUUUUCUUGGUCAAAUAGCUGGCAAGAUGGAAAAUUUUAAAGUUUUAUUGGAGCUUCAUGGGGAAGAAUGCUACUUGCAUUGAUUCUCCACCGUGAGUUGAACUGAUGUGCAGAGCAGAGCAUUGCAAUUCUAACUUUCAAUAUCUAUCGCCAAAUUGUAAGCGUAGUCAAAUGUUUUGCUCUAAAACUUUAUAUUCAAAAUAAUCAUAUAUAUAGUCCAGUUGCUCUCUCUUAUAAUAUACUAUGAAUCAAAUAAAUUUAUAGCAAACAAUUAUCAUUUUUCAGUAACAUACCAUUGUUGCGCAGAACUGUGUUUCCCUGUAGAAAUUUGAUAUUUGCUACUCGAAUUUCUUUAUGCAAAUCGAACUCUGACUGAUUCACAAAACAAUUUGAGUUCGUUUUGUAAUUUUAAUCAAUGCACAUUAUGUUGAGUGCAUCUGUGAGUAGAUCGCUAAUUUUCACUUUAGGUUAAUAUAUUUUACAACGAAUUAAUGCAUUGCUGGUUAUGCUUGUCCAUCACUCUAUCAUUUUUCCCCUGUAGAAUAAACAGGGCAUUCUCAUGAAUGAAUUGAGAUUGAUUCUCGAAUUAUUUUGCUCGAUGCAGUCAAUGUUAGGACAAAAUUAUUUAUUUCUAUUUCUUAUUAGUUUUAUUAUUUUGUAAAAUAGUACGUUUAUCUCUUCGAUUCCACCUAGGAAGAGAUUCAACCUAAACUGAUAUCAUUGGAAUGAACCAAUAUUUAAGUUUUUUAUUGUUUUUAUGUUCACUUGCAAUACUGCAAUUUUUGGUCAUUGAUAUUGAAGUAAUAAAGUAUGGUUUUCUUCAUCCUAUUAAUAACUAUUUAAUCUGAUUUGUCAUAUUAUUCAAAUUUGUUUCUCUAUAUCUUGAUGAAACAUUUCUUAUUCAUUGUGAAUUCUUUUAUCAGCCUGAUUGGUAGAAAUUCUAACCCACAACUGAUUGCUAAAAACUUAUUUUCAAUAAAAACAGUAAUUUCAAUCAGAACAUUGUGAUUGAAUUUUCGGAUUGGCAAUAAUCGAGUACUAUUUUUAUUUUACAAGCAUAUGAGUUACCUCUUACUAUCCCAUCGAGGUACUAUUCUUGUAUGUAAAUGUUCUUUCCCCCUCAAGUCCAAAGCUGGAACAAUUUUGCUAUUUACCGUUAUUCAACAUUUGUUGAAUUUUUAUAGUUUCGUAAUAAUUACAUUAAUUAUUAUUUUCAAGUAAACUACAGUAUCCUCUCCCGUUCUUCUAUACCGUUGAAUAUAUAUAUAUAUAUUUUGGUUUCAACUCACGCAUUAAAUUGGUGAUAAUAACUUAAAAUAUCCAUGUUACAUGAUAAUUUUUCUUAGUUUUCAGUAGAGCCUAUUUUUCUGUUACUUUUAUUUUGUGGUCAUUCUCAAUGUAGACAUUUUGAAGCUUUGUUUCAACUUAUCAUAAAUUUUAGCUGGGAUUAAUAGAAAAUUAAAAAGUUCUAGUUAAAGAAUUCUUGAAAUUUUGGUCUGCAGUAUUGCAAGUGAAUGUAGAACAUAAUUAUUAAUUCGAUCACAGUUUUAUUUUCACAUUAUUUUUAAUACUGAACCAUUCCACUCUACCCGUUUUGUUAUUUUUGUGAUGUUCAAUUGUUAUUUUUGACUUUCAUAAUAGACACAUAGCUGUUUACGAAUUGUACAGAAUUUAAAAUUAAUCUUGCUGUCGAGUAGCUCAGGUUUUGUUACCAUUUUCAUUGUUGUCCCCCAGUACAAGUAACCACAUUUACAUCUUCGUAGACCUUUCUGUGGUGAAUAUUUAUAAUAGUGGGAUAGUUUAUCAGAUCCGAUUGUAAAUUUCAUUUCAACAAAUAGCUUACUAAGCAAAUUGGUAUUAUAGUCGCAUUAUGUGUCAUCUGCGAUGUUGUUAAAUGCAAAUGUACUUGAAAUUUUAUGAUAAUAAAAACCUCCCCAUCCAAAA